CCAUGCAACAAGAAAAACAAGAGGCUCCCUACAUUUCACGCGGGUAAAAUCAAAAGGGGAGUAUAUGCAGAGCCGGGGGGAGUUCCAGGACCGCUUCACCCUCCGAGCCUGCAGUGCCUGCGCUGCACCACGGAGCGGCACCGUCUGCCCGGCGACGCAGGGAACGCCCGGGGCAUCCCGGCUCCUCCCGGGGCAUCCUCUGCACCUUCUGGGGCAUCACCGGACCUCCUGGUGAUCAUGUGCACCUCCUGGGGUAUCACCUGCACCUUCCGGGGCAUCCCCGCACCUCUUGGGACAUCACCCACACCUCCCAGGGCAUCACUUCCAGCUCUCGGAGCAGCACCUCCACCUACUGGGGCACUACCAGCACCUCCUGGGGCAUCACCCACACCUUCAGAGGCAUCACCCGCACCUCUUGGGGCUGCACCUGCACCUCCCAGGUCACCACCCACACCUCCCGGGCAUCACCUGCACCUCGCAGGGCAUCCUCAUACCUUCUGGGACAUCACCCACACCUCCUGGGGCAUCACCUGGAACUUCUGGGGCAUCACCCACACCUCCCGAAACAUCACCCGCACCUCCCGGGACAUCACCCAAACCUCCUGGGGCAGCACCCAAACCUCCUGGGGCUGCACCUCCCAGGCCAUCACCCACACCUCCCGGGCAGCACCUGCACCUCACGGGGCAUCACCCACACCUCCUUGGGCAUCACCCGCACGUCCCGGAGCUGCCCUGCAGCUCCCGAGGGACAACAUCUGCACACACGUGGACAGCACCUAUGCAACCCGAGGACAACAGCCACAGCUGCCAAGGCAGUACCAGCACCUCCCAGGGGCAACAUCUGCACCCCCCGGGAACAGCACCUGUGCUCCCCAGGGCAGCACCAGCCCUCCUCCAGAACAGCACCCGUGGGUGCUGCUGUGAGCUGGGGGGGGCAGGUGGCCCUACAACUCAGCUGUGGACACACACCCAGAGACGCAAAACCAGCAUUUUGCCUGAAACAGCCCCAAAAUUGAAGGGGCUCUGCACACAAGUCUGCGAGUUUUGUAUCACUGGUGUUUGUAAAGGGUGAAUUGAUAAGAGUUGAUAACUCAAAGCACUGCUACACUAUCCGGGUUGCAUCCAAACAUGGUACCAAUUGCUGAGGAGUUUUUCAUCAUUUACAGUAUUUGGACUUGGUUGGAAAUGUUUUAAUUUUUUUUUUUUUUCCCUCCUGCACUCUUGUUUUCUGUUUUGAAAUGACAUUUAUGCCUCCAGAUGUUCAAAUGAUUCAAUACUAAAAUGUUCUUAUCAACCCUGCCUUUUUUUUUUUAUAUGAAACCUAGCAACAAAAGUUUUCAAUUUUAACAGUGUUUGCUGUUUGCCAUACUCUGAUCAAUAUUUCUGGCAAAUGGCUUUAUACAGGUUGAUAUCUAAAUUGUGUCUAUUUUCGCUUUCUGAAAAUUAUGUCUAUUAUUUUUCUGGGAAAUUUGGAUAUUUGAUGACUAGCAGUUAUACUUUUAAGGUAAUUUAUUAAGUUUUAGGAAUGAUAUAAAAAUAAACUGGCAAAAAAAGAAACAUUUAAAAUGUUG